AAGCAAAAGGUGGGCAGGCAUGGGCAAGCAUGAGCGGGAUUCAAGUCGCCUUGACGAGCGUAAGCGGCACAAACGGCGGCGCGAUGAGGAUAAGAAAAAGAAGCACAAGAAGCACAAGGACAAGGAGCGCAAGAGCCAUCGGCGACACAAGCGGAGCUGCCACAGCAGCGGCAGUGACAGCGAUAGUGAUAGUGAUCGUGUCCCUGUCGCGGACUACAUGAGGGCCAUGAAAGUAGUGCGUGAGCUGCUGACGGAGACACCGGGGCUGGCCAGCGAUCUACUGGGACUGCUGCAGAUGGUGGACGAUGGAGAAGUAGCCGUAGUCGGUGGUAUUGAGAACCGACGGAUCCGCUCUAAGCUGAAGGAGCUGUUCCCGUUGCUGGGACUGGUAAAGCUGAGAGAACCUAAGGGUGCAUUUGCCAAGCCUCUCAAGGCUAAGGACAAGGGGGAAUGCCUAAUGGAGGUGUUCCAGAGAAUGCUGUCUGGAGGCAGUGAAAAGGAUUUGCCUCAGCCAGCUACUAAACGAGAGCAAGGGGAUAGUUUGACGAUGGAAGAUGCUGAUCCUGUUGAAGAGAAGCCUGCGGUGCAAAAGCCGAUUAAACGAGACUUGCCCAUUGGACCAGCACUACCUCCUGCAUCGGGUAGAACGCUUAGCCGUGAUAUUGAAAAUGAUGACGAUGAUGAUGAUGAUGAUGACGAGGUUGUGGGCCCAGCACUACCUGGUAUGAAAGGCUUUCGGUUAGCAGACGAACACGUGGAGGCGGAAAUGAUCCGUAAAGCAGAACAGUUGGAAAAAGAGCAGUGGGAACGCACACGUGAUGGUGGCAAAGACAAAGAGGGCAAAGAGGCUCCAGCGGUGCGAGAAGCGUGGAUGACUAUGAUGCCGGAAAGCUCAAUUCUGAAGGAUUCCCUAGGACCUCAAAACAGACCUCCAGGCAAACCUGCCGCAUUUCGCAGUAAGGAGCCGGCAAGAGUAGACAAGACUUGGUUUGACUCUCCUGAAGAACGAGAGCGUGCGAAGCGCGCCAAGCUCGACAUGUACCAAAAUCUGCUUCUGACGACGCCCUACUGCGAAGGUUAUACUAAGCUACUUCCGUUGCUGUCUAUAGGGAGUUAAUUGGUUACGUCCGCGAAGAAAACGCUCCUAGUACUGCAGCUGCUAGUAGCAUGCCAGCGACCAUGGGACAGCCUACUGUGAACGAAUCGAUUCUUCCAAAUGCGAACCCAGAGGCAGAUGAAGAAAUGCGAAAGCAAAUGGAAAACCUUCGGAAAUCGCGAGGGCCAUCGCUGUUAGAGCAGCACCAGCGCAAGCAAGCCGAACACGCGAAAAUUGGAGUAGGAUCCACCCAGAGCGUCGGUGGAUGGAACAGGUUUGUAAAUGCAACUUCACUGGAGCGAAUUAGAUAUUUUUCUCAUAAACUUUUACCCUUACAAUGCAGAGACCGAGACCUUGCAGUUCGCCGGGGAAUGUCUGGGGACGACGCAGAGCGCAUGAUCUCGGCGGCGAAACAGAUCAACUCCAAGUUCACUGCACCGACAAUUUCACGGCAGUUCUUGUAACUCCACCCCGUGCAGUCAAGAUACCUUACGACAUUUUAACUUUACCCCGCGUAGCAACCAGAACACGUGAAACCGCGUUGAUGACUAUGGAAAGCAUAGCUAGAACCCACCCCACCCCGGCGUUCCAGCGAUUGCAAGACAGAGCAGCUUCAAUAAAAGUGAGGAAAGACUUAUGCUGCUGCUGUGAGGCAGUACCAGAAGCCGGGGCACAAUCGACCUCCUUCUUAUCUUUGUAGAGUUUCCCCACGGCCUCCUUCAUCAUCUUCUUCUGAAAGUGUUUCUGCUGCUGAAGACGGUGUUUGUGCCUUAAUUCAGCUCGUGAAAUAUCUUCUAACUGCUUGUCAAAUCGAUCGACAAGUUGAUCACUGGCAUCAAGCGAUGUUGAUGGGCCACGAACAAUUUGCUUUGCACGUGAAAUAUCAGCACUAUUGGAGCAACAAGCAACAUUAGAACCAACCAAAAAUGAGCUCAGUGGAGCUGCCGUACCGGGCAUCGUCAAAGUUGUAGAGCUUCGCUUUGGCCUUCGCGCGCUGUUGGAGUGCUUUAACGCAUUUGGGAUCUAUUGCAAGGACUUGGUCGCACAUCAAUCGAGCUUUUUCCCAUUGCUGACAACACAACAACACAAACCGUAUUAAAGCAAGCCCACUAUACACGAUGACAAGAUACAAGUCCCAGAGCCACCUCCAUCAUUAGCAUACAUGCUGCUAAGUUGCAUGUGAGCGGAAUCUGCAGCUUUUGUUGGCAAGCGAUCUUCUCCUCUGUAGUGGAGCCGAAAUCCAGCGCAGUAAGUGCCUGGAUGUAAGCUUCUGCUGCUUGAUGAUAGUUUCCUUUGUGGAAAGCGUCGUUCCCGGCUUGCCGCUGAGUUGCUACCCAAUGUACCUUAGCUGACUUGUCCAGUUGAGCGACUUGCUGCGCUGAGUGCUUCACUCUAGCCUUCGUGUCCAGGUAAGCAAUCUCUUUCUCCGACGUGUUGAGCAUGAUGCCAUUCUCCGUUUUUCGCUGCAAGGUCACAGACCCGCAUAAAUCAGUAGCCACUGGAGCCAUGACUUCGUUGAUAGUGGAGAGCAUCUUCGACACGGUAUACGCUUCUGGCAUCGUUUGGCUCGGGUUUCUCGCGCUCUUGGUUGGCAACAAGACUUUUUCUCCUGCACGAACACACUAUAACUGCUACACUAUUUGCAGUCGAGAAUUCGGUCACUUUUAACACAGUGCAUUGCGGUUUCAUUUCCACGUCAGUCUACUAAGUAAGAUCACGACUGUGGUCGGUAUCUAGCAUCAUUUGUAUCACCCGCAGAGUACAAAAACGUCAGC